AUGAACAAACUGCGGCAGAGUCUGAGGCGGAAGAAGCCGUACCUCCCGGAGGCGAGUCGCCCCCACCAGUGGCAGUCGGACGAGGAGGCCGUGCGCCGCGGCAAGUGCAGCUUCCCCGUCAGGUAUUUGGGUCAUGUGGAAGUGGAUGAAUCGCGAGGAAUGCACAUCUGUGAGGACGCCGUCAAGAAACUGAAAACGACGGGGAAAAAAUCCGUAAAGGCCAUUCUGUGGGUGUCCGCAGACGGACUCCGAGUGGUCGAUGACAAAACGAAGGACCUGAUUGUGGACCAGACCAUUGAGAAGGUCUCGUUCUGUGCCCCCGACCGUAACUACGACAAAGCUUUCUCCUACAUCUGCCGGGACGGGACCACUCGGCGCUGGAUUUGCCACUGUUUCCUCGCUCUGAAGGACUCGGGGGAGAGGCUGAGCCACGCUGUGGGCUGUGCGUUCGCCGCCUGCCUGGAGCGGAAGCAGAGACGGGAGAAGGAGUGUGGGGUGACCGCCAGCUUCGACCCCAGUCGCACCAGCUUCACCAGGGAGGGGUCCUUCCGCAUCACCGCCCCCAGCCCCGCCUCCAGCUCAGGCCCCGCCAAUAGGCAACUGCAGGAGAAGAGGAAAGCGGAAACGCCCCCCGCCGCCUCCCCCGGCCCCCAGCCCCCACCGGGCUCCAGCUCCCCCCCCGCGGGGCAGGUUGCGGGGGCUUGCUCCCCGGGGGAGAGGGGGGAGCCUGGCGGGCAGCGAGCUAUCCCCCGGCGACACGCGCCCCUGGAGCAGCUUGUGAGGCAGGGAUCGUUCCGGGGAUUCCCUGUCCUCAGCCAGAAAAACUCGCCCUUCAAACGACAGCUCUCUCUCCGGCUCAGCGACCUGCCCUCCACACUGCAGAGGAAAACCACGGACCUUCAGGGGAGCAGCCCAGUACCGGAAUCUGACUCCUCGCCGAGCAAUGACCCCGACACUAUCAACGCCCUCUGCUCACAGAUCACGACAUCUUUUACCAGAGCCUCCGAUGAUCCAUUCUCCUCUCCGUCACUGAUCAACUCGAUUGCAGGAACCGCGCACACAAUACCUCCCGCAGACACUCAGGGUGCAGGGGGUUGGGGGGAAUCGACCCCGAUGACCACUCCAGCCUUCCAGCCCGGGCACAGACGUACCCCAUCGGAAGCCGAGCGCUGGCUCGAGGAGGUCACCAAAAAUCUGCGGGCCCAGCAGCCCACGAUGGGGGGGGCUGUGACCUCGGUGACCCUCCCGGCCUGCCCCCCGCCCCAGCUCUUCCCGGUGCCUUUCGAUGCCUCUUCAGCGCCCCCGGCGGGCAUGUUCGCGCCCCCACCCCUUCCCCCUCCCCUCCCAGCCCCCACAGCCUUCUUGGGGGUCGCACCCUACACCCCGUGUCUGACCUACGCCAACGGAAUGUCUUACCCGGGCGCCAACGUCCCCGUGGUGGGCAUCACACCCUCUCAGAUGGUGGCGAACGCCUUCGGGAGCCCCGCCAGCUUCCAGACUCUCCACCAACACAGCAAAGCCACUGCCUUCCCCCUAGGUUUCGGCAGCCAGGCCAACAGCGGGUACCCGCAGCCCAGGCUCGGCCAAGAGCCCAAGGGGUUCACAGGCCCGAGCGGAGUGAGCGUUCUGACCAGUCCGUGGCCUCCGGAACCCAGAGGGAGAGCAGUCAAGGAGAUCGACCCCUUCGAAGCUCAGUGGGCAGCUUUGGAGACAAACACCCAGCAACAGGCCUCAUCUCUCGCCACCAACCCUUUCUCCAACGAUCUACAGAAGACAUUCGAGAUUCAUCUUUGAAAGCCAGCACCUGGCAAAGGUCUAUCUCCCUCUCCCUCCCUCCCUCUCCCUCCUCUCUCUC